UCUCCUCAGUUCGCCCACACCUGUCAGACGAGGAAUACAGGUCAACUAAAGAAGAGGUGGACAGGUUUGCAGCAGGUGUGGGCCCAAGAUUACACGCCCGCUUGCAGCAGAGACAAGCAGGCAGCAGGAACUGGCUGGAGGACUGGUGGCUCCACUAUGCCUACCUCAUCUACCGUCAACCGAUUCUACCGACCAUGAACACCGCCGGACCGCACCCACUCAACCUUACCCUGUGGCAACCCUCUGUGGAGAAGGCAUGGGAGUACGGAUCGCUCUACCUCUGGGCCUUCCUCCAGUUCAACCAGCUUGUGAGGGAGGAAAGAUUUAAGCCACACACUUCAAAGGAGGGCCGCCCCCUCAGCAUGGAACAGUUUCGAUGGGUGUUUAACUGUACCCGCAUCCCAGGUCAGGACGCGGACAGCCUGCGCUCGACCUUCAGGACCAAUGCGGAAGGGGGCUGUCCGCUCCACUUGGUCGUGCUGUGUAAGGGUCACGUGUGGGUCAUGCACCCGUGGGACGCCAUGGGCCAGCCCCUCACCCCCCCAGAGUUGGAAUCCCAGCUGGGGGGCAUCUGGGAUAGGUCCGAGGCGCUGGGACCUGGCCCGGGGGUGGCUGCACUCACCUGUGAUACCCGGGAUAGGUGGGCUAAGAAUCGCGACUGGCUCAAAUCUCUCAGUCACACCAACAUGAAAAACUUGGACAUCAUUGAAACAUCAGCCUUUGUGUUUGUUCUGGACGAGACCACACCUGAUAACUUUGACCAGCUGGUGUGGGAGGGGCUGUGUGGUGACCCUGCCAAUCGCUGGGCGGACAAAUCCCUCUCGGCAAUAUUGACACGGAACGGAUUUGGAGUUAUGAACAAUGAUCAUACCCCAUACGAUGCCAUGGUCUCGGUGGUCAUGGGGCACUACCAGCACCUCCUCCUGACCCACAUGGGGGGCCGCGGGGGGGGGCCGGGGGGGGUACGGGGUGGGCUGACUCCCCCGGCCCGCCUGACCUUUGACCUCGACCGGAAGACCCUGGGGGCUGUCGAGGUGGCCAAACGGACCAGCCGGGAGUUUACCAGUGACGUUGUUGCCCGGCCCUUCUUCUUCCGAGAAUAUGGCCGGGAAUUCCUUCGGCCCCACAACCUUCACCCAGACUCCUACGUACAGAUGGCCCUUCAGCUGACCUUCCUGAGGGUGCAUGGGAGACCAGCUCCGACCUACGAGACAGCCUCCACCCGCCAGUUCUACCACGGAAGGACAGAAACGAUCCGCUCCUGUACUACCGAGGCGGUUGACUGGGCCUCUACCAUGCUCAACCAGAAGGCAACGACCUCCGAGAAGCGCCACAAGCUCAUCACUGCUAUCGAGAAACACAACUCCCUCAGAGGCCUUUGCGAAAACAACCAUGGAGUGGAUCGACACCUAUUUGGUCUCUAUAUCAUCGCGCUGGAGGCCGGGGAGGAGGUGCCGGGCCUGUUCACGGACCCUGCCUAUGUUAAGAGUGGUGGAGGCGGGAACUUCCACUUAUCCACCAGUACUGUGGGCUAUACCCCUGUCUUUGGGGGCGUGGCGGCCAUGACCAAGGACGGAUAUGGAUGCUUCUACAACAUGCUGGGUGACAGAUUCACCUUCUUCAUAAGUCACUACAAGUCAUCCACCGUGAGUGACUCUGCCGCAUUCACCCGUGCCCUCACCCGGUCGCUACAGGAGAUGCGGGCCGUUCUGGAGGCUCCCAAGUCAUCCCUCUGAGUCAUCCGGGAGUCAUGGGGUAGUUGUCAGGUCCAGGAGUCAUCGGUAUUGGUGGUUGAGUCGCUGGUCUUGAAAAAUGUGUGAAAAAUUAAGAAAAGUCAUCAUUUUGAGUCACGAGCGAGUCAUUAGUCAUCACUCUGAGUCACCAGUCAUCAGGAGUCAUCAGAGUGAGUCAUUAAGUCCAGUAGUCAUCAGUUUGUUUGUUCGUUGAGUCACUUAAUAGUAACAAAAAGUAGAGUCAUCAUUGUGAGUCACUAGGAGAGUCAUCAGUCAUCACUCUGAGUCACUAUCAGUCAUCAGAGUGAGUCAUUAAGUCCAGUAGUCAUCAAGUUUUGUUCGUUGAGUCACUUAAUAGUAACAAAAAGUAGAGUCAUCAUUGUGAGUCACUAGGAGAGUCAUCAGUCAUCACUCUGAGUCACCAGCAGUCAUCAGAGUUAUUAAGUCCAGGAGUCAUCGAUAUUCCUUGUUGAGUCACCAAAAUGGAAAAAAAAGUCAUCAUUUUGAGUCACUAGGAGAGUCAUCAGUCAUCGGAGAGUCAUAAGGUCCGUGAGUCAUCGAUAUUGCUUGUUAAAAUCACACACAAAAACAAGAAAAAUCAUCACUCUAAGUAGUCAUCAGUGAGUCAUCAAUGAGUCAUUAUAGUUCAAUAGUCAUCACUUUUGUUUGCUAAAGUCACAAAAAUAUAUAUACAAGUCAUCAAUCUGAGUCACUAGCAGAGUCAUCAGUUAGUCUGUCGAGUCACCUAAUCCAGCAGUCAUCCUCUUAGUGGUUAGUCAUCGCUCUGAGUCACCAAACAGUUUUCAAAGUCAUCAGUCAGUCCGUUGAGUCACCCUAUUAGUCGUCAGUCAUCGCUCUGAGUCACCAAACAGUUUUCAAAGUCAUCAGUCAGUCCGUUGAGUCACCAAGUCAUCGCUCUGAGUCACCAAACAGUUUUCAAAGUCAUCAGCCAGUCCGUUGAGUCACCAAUCAUCGCUCUGAGUCACCAAACAGUUUUCAAAGUCAUCAGUCUGUCCGUUGAGUCACCAAGUCAUCGCUGAGUCACCAAACAGUUUUCAGAGUCAUCAGUCAUCAAUGUUUUUCUAUUUCAACAUUUGUCUUUGGUUAGUAAUUCAGAUAUUAGGCCUAUUGUAAGUUAUUUUCUUUUAAGUAUAUAUUUAAAAUUUUUGUUCUGAAGUAUAACAUGUAUUUUAAUAAGUUUUCAUAUAUAUAACUCUUGUUCAAUGUUCUUUUAAUCUCUAGUAUAUAUUUUAAUUAUUUUUCUCGAGAAUAUAUUCAAAUUUUUUUCUCAUAGUAUUUUAAAAAACGCUAAUUUUAAGACAUUAGGUGCAUCAAUGACCUGACCUUCCUCACUUGUAUUUUAAAAACUAACAUUAGGACAUCAGGUUCACAUAAACGACCUGACCUUUUCACCGCAACCCGCCACAAGGUCAGGUCGCCUUCAUGUUAUACAGGCCUAUGGUGUUUCUGGUAUUAAUUCAGCUUCUUUUAAAUAUUUCCUGUUUUUUUGAUUCUCUGUAAAACGCAAAGGAGAGAAAUUGAUUGAAGUGUAACAUAUGUGUGUCUGGCUUGCACACACACACACACACACACUCACACGCACUCACACACUCUUGUUAUGUAGCUUUGUAGUGCUGUUCUGUAAUGUUAAGAACAGACUAAGCACUUUCGGGUUUUAAAUUGUCCGCUAUCAGUAAGCUUGGGUGAUUUGCACGGAAGGCGGAAGAUUGGGUUUUAAAUCGAUCUAUAAUUCACAAUCUUCUAAGGAUAUAUCGGACUUCUAUUUCCUUCUCUUCUCCUAAGUCCCAUCCGCUAUCAAUAAGCUUGGGUGAUUUGCAGGGAAGGUGGAAGAUUGGGUUUAAAAUCGAUGUAUAAUCCUCAAUCUUCUAAGGGCAUGAAAAUAGGGAUAUCGGAUUUCAAUUUCCUUCUCUCCUCCUAAGUCCCAUCCGCUAUCAGUAAGCUUGGGUGAUUUACAGGAAAAGCGGAACAUUGGGUUUAAAAUCGAUGUAUAAUCCUCAAUCUUCUAAGGGCAUGAAAAUAGGGACAUAUCGGAUUUCAAUUUCCUUCUCUCCUCCCAAGUCCCAUCCGCUAUCAGUAAGCUUGGAUGAUUUGCAGGGAAGGCGGAUCAUUUGAUAGAUAACCAACCCCAAUUCAACUGUUCCGACACACUUUCUAUGAGGGGUUACGUGAAUCCUUGUGGUCUUAAUAGGCAGGGCUGGGUAUGAAAAUGCUCGUAAAUAAUUAGACCCAAUUUUAAGACAUUUUUACGAGGAGUUUUUGAAUUGUUGUGGUUUUAAAAGGCAAGGCAGUAAAGUUUAGGGAGACUUAGGAAGCACUACAGCCCUUUCUGCCUUCAAUGUCCGCUCUUGAAGCAUGGUGUCCCUUCCCUUCCAUCCGCUGUCCACUCUUGAGGCGCCAACGAUGUCCCUCCCCUUCCCUGUCCACUCAAAUGCCCGUAAACAAUUCUAGAACCUUUAAAAACACAUUGAUGCAAAAAUUAUCCGAAUCCUUUAAGUUUUAUCAAUAUUCCCCUCCCUUCCCUGCCCACUCAAAUGCCCGUAAACAAUUCUAUACCCUUAUAAAACACAUUGAUGCAAAAAUUAUCCGAAUUCUUGAAGUUUUAUCAAUGUUCCCUUUCCUUCCCUGCCCACUCAAUUGAUCUUUAACAAUUCUAUACCCUUUAAAAACACAUUGAUGCGAAAAUUACCCAAUUCUCGACAUUUCAUCAAUAUCUUUCACCCCCAAAGCGCUCGGUCAAAUGUUAUUGCUAGUCUGUUUGUUACCCAUAGAACACGACAAUGCAAUUAGAUUAUAAGACAUUCUAUACAGUUUUUCCAAGCCAAGGAGAGAAAUAAAGCUUAAAAAAUCAAA